UUUUAGUUAAAUCUAAUGAAAUUGGUAGUCAAUUUACAGCAAUGAUAUAUGCAAUUGUAAGCAAAUUUAAUAUUGAUGGAUUAUCUCCAUUGGUUUUAACUAAAUGGCAAGUAAUUAUUCUCAAUUUCAAUUGUAAUAAACAAUUCUUAAUAUAUGAAAUACUCUUGGCAGUAAUCUAUGUGGUAUGAAUGUGGAAAAUUCAUACUUAAUGUGUCUCAAUCCAGAAUGUUCUUCUAAUUUUGAAAUUAAAAUUGGAUCAUAUGAAUUAGAAAGUAUAAUAAAUAUUCGAUUAUCAAUAACAGAUUCAACAGGUACACUGGAAAACUGUUUAUUGCAUCAUCAAGCUGCUACCAAAAUAUUAAAAGAGGUAAAUUAUUUUCAAAAUAUGAGCUUAAAUCAAAGGACAGAAUUAAAAUGGAAAUAUUUAUUCACUAAUUGUAUCAUCAAAUUAGUGGUAAUGGAAGCUCAUCGUAAUGAAAAAUUAACAUUUAUUGUUGUAGAUAUAGAAAACGAAGGACCAAUAUCUAAAUUUAUAUCACGUGUACCAAUAUAUUAA